AUGGCAGAAGGAGGUCCACACGUCACUGCAGCAUCCUCUUCCUCAUACACAGAUGUGAACGAACAAUUUCUCGCCACCCUAGUAGAAAUGGGUAUUCCUCAGGAAACAGCUCGACAGGCUUUAAAACGUGUUAACAAUCAAAGUUUAGAUGCAGCUCUAGCUGUUGUGUUCGGUGAAUCAAUUCCGACUAGUAACAAUCAAACAAAUGUCGAACAAUCUACUCAAGUAUCUCAAUUUGACACACUAGCCAUCGAUGAAAGAGACGUUGAACCAAUACCACAUAAAAUGUUAUUUGUCGUAAAUGGUUCUCUACAAAUGAGUUCAGGAAAGAUGGCUGCUCAAGUUGCUCAUUGUGCGGUUAGUUUAUACCAAAAACUACUCGAGAGACGUCCGAAGGCCUUAGAAUAUUGGCAAGAGUAUGGUGAGACGAAAAUUGUUGUCCGUGGUCAAUCAACAGAAGAAUUACUUGAUAUUGAAACGAAGGCGAAGACAAAUCGAUCAAUCGUCACAGCUACUAUCGAGGACGCUGGUCUAACGGAAAUCGCCAGUGGUUCAUUAACGUGUCUUGGUCUGUUUGGCACAAAUGAACAAUUAAAACCAAUUACUGGUCAUCUCAAACUCAUGCAAGACUGUUUGAAAUGUAGUGGACAAUGA